AUGGACUACUUGCCGGCAGACCAGCGACUGCUCCAAUCCGGCGCCAUCGUCGGCUUUCUCGUUGUCACUUUUACACUCGGCAUUGGUCGACUCGUACUGGCUACAUUGGUCGCCUGCGCACUUGCUUUAUUUCUGUCCACCUUCAACGAAGUGCGCGAGAUUGGCGAUGCGUUCCUUAACAAGGGCAAGAGGAAGCUACCCAUUCCAGAGCUCACGAAGCCAGUCUCGGAGCAACAAGAAGAGGUCAGCGAGCAGAGCCAUCACGAAAAGGCCCAAGCGUCUUUUCUGCUGGACAGUCCUCAAGUCGUGGAGCUCAAGGUACCGCCGAGAGUCAAGAAUGUCCUCGCCGACUUGCUCGACCUCGUUAUACGAGACUUUGUCGAGAUUUGGUACAAUGCUUCGGUGACACUGGGCGAUACGCGCUUCCUCAAGCAGACCAAGUCUGCACUCAAUACACUUGCAAGUAACGUAUCGAGCACCAUCGAGCAAAAAGACACCAAAGAGCUCGCUAUCUAUCUCAUGCACUCCACCUCGGCAGUGCUCACACAGCAACUCAAGCGCGAGGAUAAAAAGGAGGAGGCUGCCGGCGAAGCACAUGCUCGUCUGCAGCGACAAGAGCGCCAGAAGCAGCGAAUAGACAAGAUCCGUCGAUCUUGCGAGGAAUUACUCAUGACACUUGGCCCGAGAUCGAUCACACUCUCACCACUCGCUACGCCUCUCAUGGUCGAAAUACUGACUUUGCAAGUCUGGAAGACCAUCCAGGGCCUGGACGACGAUUGGAUCAAUCGAACGCUUAUCUCGUACCUCGAGUCUCAGCCGGAAGAUCUAGCGAGCAAGGCAGCAGAUGCUGCACUCCCACCUAUACCUGAUCGAGCGCGUCAAAGCACUGAGAUCCCCGGCGGGAUGCCCCGACAGCGGCAUCGAGGCGAAUCCGAUCUAGACACGCCAUUGCCGUCUAUAGAUGCUGAUGAUCCUGCCUGGCCGAGCGCCCCUGCACCCCAGGUACCACCGAAGCGUAGUGUCGACGAGACUGCGUUGCCAGACCCAUCGCUCGUGCUAGAGGCUCUCCUCAUUGGGUCAAAGGAGACAAAGCAGGCCCUUCUGCUCAAGCUACAUGCGCUCCUUACCAAGCUGGAUCGUAAGCCGGCCGAACGACCCGUGCCGCUCGAAUCCACUGCGAGGCAGCUAGAUCUCAUGCUUUCUCGGCAGGCCGAUUCGUUGUCAGAAUCGUUCCAGGUCUACCUCGAAUCUCUCGCAGCGACAUCUGCUAAGCGCGCAGAAGGUCUCAUUAGGUUAUACACUCAAGUCAGUACUUUCAGACGCGUAGUCGAGACGACCAGUCCCUCUGCCGAGCUUUUACGACAGGAUGCACUCUCGAUCACCAAGCGUGUGACCGACAGUGCUCUCAUUGACACGCAUACCCGCUCGGAAGCAAGACAGCUGCUCUGUCAGAUCGCUCUCGAUAUAGAUCAGCAGGCUUCGAGCACAGUCCUGCUACCCUUGCAGUCGUACCUCUUUCGAGAGAUCGCGUCCCUGUACUUUCAGCCGUUCCUGAGCUAUCGGGCGACGUUGCCCACGACUAUCUCUGGCCGAGUGCAUGCUAUGAAUCUGCCGAGGCAGUACAUGACGGAAGAUAGCGAUGUCGCCUUCUCGCACACGCCUUCCCAAUUGGCAAAGACAGACAUGAAUCGAUCAUCUUCGGGCCAAAGCGCUCUUCGUAGCUCUGCCUCGGCAGCAUCCAGCUCGCCAUCCCUACCGCGGCCGAGCUUUGACGAGCGAGACGGACCCUUUGACAGCGAAUCUGAUAUGACGGAGGGCUUCCAUGACGAGCCAGCAGAGGAGCCUCAAAAGAUGCUGCGACCAUCAAGUGCGCCGACGAGUGUGCCUGCAUCGCCGCACGACAAUAUGCAGAAAUUCACUGUCAGCGUGACUGACGUUUCUCCGCCGUCGGCAUAUUCGAGCACGCGUCAGGUCAAGGUGAAGAAAGACCUCAGCUUCAUCAUUGCAGUCGAAGCACAAGGAUUACCUGGCUUCAUCAUUCAGCGCUCAUUUCCCGAGCUGGAGAAGCUCAACUUGCGACUACAAAAGGCGUUGCCUCAGGCUGGUACCAGAGAGUUCCCACGGGCCAUGCUCCCUUCGACCAAUAUGCAGAGCACCGAAAACCUUUGCAUUGCGCUCGAGUCCUAUCUCGCCAAUCUGCUCAGAGACGACAGAUAUGCUUCGUCGACGCCUGUCCUAGCCUUUUUCGACAAAGAGCGAGCGGGUGCAAAGUCGAAUGUCAAUAUCUUUGGCGCCGUCAACAGAAGCUUGCUCGAUACCAGUCAACUCGCAUCGAAGGGACUGACGGAUGGAGCAAAGGGCAUCACAACCGGUCUCAAUUCUGUUGCGUCAGUCUUUACUACACCUUUCAAGAUCGCAGGUAUACAACCAGCAGCAUUUGCUUCCUCCUCGGACGAGCUCAACAGCCAGCAAUCAAAUUUCGAGAGGAGCAUGCCAAUUGCUGCUCGCAGCUCUCUGUCGCUCGACAGACGUGCUUCGCCGUCAACCGGUCGUCCAUCCAUAGACCGCACUGCGUCGUUCGAUCGCGCGAGCACGGGCAGGGCGAGCGUCAGUGUCAGCGCGAGUGGCAGCGGCAGCGGUUAUGCUGUGCCUGACAAUGCCGGCGUCAUGAGUCGUGCAUCCACCUCAUCCGCCCGCAGUAGCCAGCUCGAUGUCAGUGAAGUCGAAACAGGAGCUGUCAUGUCUUUGCCGCCCACAUCGUCAUCGCCCUUGAUCAAGUCAGAUAUGCCAGCACUUGGUGUGCCUGCCGGUGAUCUCGCGACCAGGCUUUCAUUUGACGAUUUGCUCGCCAAAGAUCGCCUUGACGCCGAGCGAGAACAGGCUACCCGUGCUGCGUCAAAGGCAGCUGCUGCGUCCUCAGCGGUGGCCAAGUCUGCUCAGCGAGCCGGCAAGCUGCCCGUGCUGUCUGCCAGAGAUGUCGACGUCGUGAUCAAUGCCUCUAUCCGGGUCCUUGAAGAAGCUUAUCAGCUUGCAGACACUGGCACCUGGAACCUGAAACGAGGCAUCCUCGCCAUCUUGCAGUCUGUGCUCUCCUCGACGUACUCGACCGCGAUCGCCAAGUAUUUUGUCACAGGUCUCGUCGCUCUCGACGAAGAUCUGAUCGCGAGCAAGCUCGAAGAUCUUCGUGCAAUGUUCUGGCCUGGCGGUAAAUGGUGGACUCAAAGCAACAUAGACCAGAUAGUACGGACUGCAGAAGAUAAGGAACAAACCCGAUUGAAAGCUCGAAAGAUCUGGACUACUCAAGCUCCAAACGGUCUCAAGAUCGCGCUGGGCGCGUCAGCUACCGCGGAAGCAUUCGGAAGGAUUCAUGACGGUGUCCAGGCCGAGGGCGCGGAGAUUUUGGUCUCGACCCUUAUCUUAGACCUAUUUCGAUUCUUGCUUCUAUAG